GCGACCUCGAGCGGAUCGCGACAGCUGAUCCGUCACUCGUUUCGCGUGUACCUCGGUUCGGCUCGUUAUAUCGCCAUUCUAUCGCGAGAAUGUCGCGUUUCAGUGUCAUGUGUUACGUGUUUCAUCUCCGGAGCUCCUGAGAACUUUCCAAACCUGCAGGUCUGAUCGAAGUAGACAGCCUAACCGGAUCCGAGGUGGGAGAAAGUGACGGAAGCAAUCGUCGCUGGAAUGAUCCCGGAAAUCCGGGAGGAAUCGUGGCUCGAUUAUCCUUCACACGAGAUUGCCCGUCCCGUUGCGCAAGAAAUCGAAUGAAUCUCCCCCUUCCCUGAACUCUUCUUUCGCUCCUCCAUCUUCGAAGACUUAACCCUUCCUCGGAAUCUGCGCAUUCGGUAGAAUGGACGACGAUGACACGGACGAGAAGCUGACGUUGGUCAACAAGUCUCACAAAGAGUCCAAACUGUUGGUCACGAAAUUCUCCAGGAGCUCGAAACUCGAAACUCGGUUACGAAACUCGACGGAGGACUCCGACACUAUGGAGUGCGCCUCCGAGAACGAGGUGGAGAACCUCCCCAAAGACGAGACUUCGCUCGAGAUCAGCAGAGUCCCCGACCGUCACUCCUUGGACGUACCCGAAGAGGCGGAGUCCCUAUUAAAUCGUCAGACUAUCAAAAGUAGCCUAAGAGUCAGCGAGGAGGAGGCCAGGUCCAGCAGGUUCGCUGGAGCUAAACUGAGCCUGUUCAACCGUAGUCCCCAGUCGUCCUCCAGCCAAGAAGAGUACGAACCCGAAGUGAAGAGUCUGAUCAAGCUCCAGAAACAGCAACAACAGAAGCAACAGCAUCUACUAACAGCCAGCACUGGCCAGAUAACCGCCAGGUCCAUGGAGAGUCUCCGGAGCUCCAAGAACUUCCUCAGCGCCGACGAGCGGUACAUAGAGGAUUCGAAGUCUAUGGAGUCGCUGUCCCUGUCCGCAGAGGCUCACAUAAGCUCCAGGAGCCAGUACAAGAGCUUCCUGACCUCGUCCACGAAGGACGUCCGCAGGAUCGUCACCGUGGAGUCGAAGAGCAGCGAGAACCUGCAGAGGGAGGAGAGUCUGAACGCGGAGGUCAGACGCGGUCUGUUCGCGAACACCGGUUUGGAGAGGAAGAUCCCGCAGCAUCUGAGUCUACCGCCGCCUUCCAACGUCUUCUCUCUGACCAGUCCAGGUGGCAGCGACCGAAAGAUCACCAUACUGAGUCCACAUUCGCCUAUUCAGUCCGUGGAGUUCCAGUUCUCGACGCAGACCCUGAAGACCAGGCGCAAGAAGGCGAUCGUCUUGCCGAGGUUGGUGUUGCCCCGAAGCGAAUCCGAGGUGUUCUUAGAUUUCGACGUGGAAAAUGGCGCCUCGACGCUGGACGGAGGCGCCGGCGGCGGAGGAGGCGCCUCCCCGAGUGCGGGCCUCGUUCUCCAGACUCUGCCGCAACGACGGGAGAGUUUCCUGUAUCGCAGUGACAGCGAUUUCGAGAUGUCACCGAAAUCGAUGUCUCGAAACAGUUCGAUCGCCAGCGAAAGGUUCAAAGAGACAGAGCUUCCUGUCGAGAGAGCGAUAUUUACCGAUCAGUAUAGCCAUGGCGAGGACCUCAUCGUCACGCCCUUCGCGCAGAUCCUUGCCUCCUUGCGCUCGGUCAGGAACAAUUUCCUGUCCCUUACAAAUGUUCCCACGAACAAAUCACGAAGGAGUAGCGGCGCACAAGGUAGCAGCACACCGCAACCACGGAUUGUGGCACCUGGAGAGGAGAAUUACAUGAAACUGGCCGUCGAGACGAUGGAGGAGCUGGACUGGUGUCUGGACCAGCUGGAGACCAUUCAGACUCAUCGUUCCGUGUCAGACAUGGCCUCUCUCAAGUUCAAACGUAUGCUGAACAAGGAGCUCUCGCACUUCUCGGAAUCCUCAAAAUCUGGCAACCAGAUUUCAGAAUACAUCUGCAGCACCUUCCUCGAUAAGCAACAAGAGUUAGACUUGCCCUCCCUGCGAAUCGAGGAUGCAGUCGCAGCUGCAGGCAGCGCAGAUGCAAGGGCAGCGAAGAAGAAGGACCGCGCUCAGCGGGGUCCUGCCGCGAUGUCCCACAUCAGCGGCGUGAAACGGCCACUGACACACACGAACAGCUUCACCGGGGAGCGUGUGCCACUUCACGGCGUUGAAACGCCGCACGAAGAAGAACUUGGCAAGCUUCUGUCCGACAUCGACAAGUGGGGCAUCGACAUCUUCAGGAUAGGCGAGCUCAGCAACAACAGGCCGCUGACCUGCGUCGCCUACACAGCCUUCCAGACCCGAGAUCUACUUAAAUCGUUGGCCAUACCGCCCAAGACCUUCGUGACCUUUAUGAUGACCCUCGAGGAUCACUACGUCAAGGACAAUCCCUUCCACAAUAGUCUGCACGCGGCCGAUGUGACCCAAUCCACCCACACUCUGCUCAACACGCCCGCACUCGAGUCCGUGUUCACGCCUUUGGAAAUCACCGCGGCUCUGUUCGCUGCUACCAUUCACGACGUGGACCAUCCUGGACUCACCAACCAGUUCCUCAUCAACUCAAGCUCCGAGCUCGCCCUGAUGUACAAUGACGAGUCCGUUCUGGAGAACCACCACCUGGCGGUAGCCUUCAAGCUCCUCCAGAACGAGGGCUGCGACAUUUUCGUGAACAUGACGAAGAAGCAGCGUCAGACCCUCCGCAAGAUGGUCAUCGACAUGGUCCUGUCCACGGACAUGUCCAAACACAUGUCCCUCCUCGCAGACCUGAAGACCAUGGUGGAAACCAAGAAAGUAGCUGGCUCCGGUGUCCUCCUGUUAGACAAUUAUACCGACCGUAUCCAGGUUCUGGAGAACCUGGUGCACUGCGCCGACCUGUCCAACCCCACCAAACCGUUACCACUUUACCGACGAUGGGUCAGUCUGCUGAUGGAAGAGUUCUUCCUCCAAGGAGACCGCGAGCGCGAACAGAACAUGGACAUCAGUCCGAUGUGCGACAGGCACAGUGCCACGAUCGAGAAGUCGCAGGUCGGCUUCAUCGAUUACAUUGUCCAUCCUCUUUGGGAGACCUGGGCGGACCUGGUGCACCCGGACGCCCAGGAGAUUCUGGACACGCUCGAGGAGAACAGAGACUGGUACCAAUCCAUGAUUCCUCCAUCGCCGCCGUCCGAUGACCAGCAGCAGCAGCAGGGAAACGAGCAGCAGUCUGACAGGAUACACUUCCAGGUGACACUGGAGGAAGGCGACGAGACAGGUGAAGCGACAGAGACCGGAGAAUCGGGAGCAGGGAAGUUAACAACGCUAUCUAGCGAAGAAGGGGGCGGUGAGACGGAGGAGAACGCCGCGGAGGCUGGAAUGUGACGGAGGCUCGCGGGUAUUUGCAGGAAGCUCCAAGAGAAGGUGCAGCAGACCUGGUGGCGCGUGCGUCAGUGACAUUUAGCUCGCUGCCGCCGGCUGGGUCUAUUUGUGUCGACCUAUUGACCUUUGGCCAAGCUCCACUCCCUGGGACGGUGGAAGAAACCUCGUCGUCGGACGAGAGGACAAGAAGACAGAAAUGGGAAUGUCUAGUCGCUGUUCAGAGACCUGGACCGACGAGAAGGGUCAUUUGCUGACGCGUGAACGAGAGGAUGAGUGUUUGACGAACGAUCAGGAGCGUAUCGCGAAGAGGACACUCGUUUGACGCGGUCGUUUGCUCCGAGGCUGACGCGGGUCUCAGCGACGAGCAACGAUCCUAGAUCGCUGCGUCUCGGCUGGUUCGAGGCGCAUCGAGAGCGUCCGGCGUGAAUCCUCGAUUACAAAAUGGAGACUGGAGUAUCGUCGUCGUUAUCAUCGUCGAUUUUUCCCUACCCUGACGUCGUUCGAUCGGCCUCGACCGUUUUUGGUGUGUCUAGCUCGAAGGAGGACACGAAUCUCUUCACCAAGUACCUGUACGCAACAAGCAGACCGGUUAGCGAAGGAUCACCGAUGGGUCCUCGCUACCCAAACGAUUCGAGGACGCAGGAAAUCUCAUCUCGCCAAUGAUAGGAUCCUUUCUAACAUAUCAAUUACAUGGUACAAGCGGCUGAUGCCGCGAUUCGGAGGAUCUUCUGCGCAGCCACCUGACCCCCGGGUCCCUCUAGUCUUGGGAUGACGGACGUGUCUCCUCGUGAUCACGCCGUCAGACGCCGAAGAAGUGAGAAGAAGCUGAUCGGAGAUGAAAGAAGGGGGUCAGAGGCUGGAACGUGAACAGAAGACUGUAGAGGACACUAGUUAUCGCGCUUUCCACGUUCAUCCUUGGUUCUCCGACGAUCAUCUCCACGGCUACCCAAUCGUCUAGGACUAAGUCUAUCCUUAAACGUAGGAUCUUCGUCAUGAUUAUAAGCGCGUACAUCGCAUGGAGCGAGAAGAAAGCGAAGAUGGCGCCACACGACGUAGGUUAAUUUUAAUAUGGAAGUUGAAGGCUGGCCUUUUACCUUGCGUUUGUAUUAAAAUUAAUCGGUGGGACUUUCUUCUCGCGUUCAUGCAUACACGUACACACACAUACACACACGUACACAGACUUAGACGCACACGAGGCGAUCGUUUUUAACCAAAGAGUAUUGUUAUAGUCACUCGAUCAUAAACGGCAAGAUACGAACUUGUUUGUUCUUCAUCCAAGAUUUCGAAUAAAAAAAAACGAUGAAAACCGCGUCAUCAUCAUCGCGCGUUCUGGCUUCUAGCGAUGGUAGAUACUUAGGGGAUCGAGGGGAAUUUUAAUUAGUUAGAAACCUUGCAGCUCGAUGUGUUGACAAGAAAAUGUUUAAAAACGUAAAAAAAAGUAUCGAGACAUAAAAAAAAAUGAAAAUAAACGAAGUACUCUCUCGCUUGGAUGUCUGUGAAUCGCUCAAACUCGCGGAUCGAGCCUCGACAGUCGCGGUAUACAGGUCGAGAAUCGAUUCGUCGCACUCUUUCUCGAGAAAUUGGCAUUCUAACGAUUCCUUGCGUUUUCGUUUUCGAUUUUUUUUUUUGUAAGUGACAUUCGACCAAAACGUUGGUACAAGAUACGACGACGAUUUUUAUUCGAUUCGAUCGACAAUUGACGCGAUUUUCUAAGCAAAAUUGAUCAACGACAUAAGACUGGAACGAGUAUUCGAAAGGCGUUUUAAAUAGUCCGCUCGAGAAAGAGGCGAACACGUAUCUGUGUCCGUAGGCAGUAUGAAACUAGUGAGUGUUUUUUUGGUGCUGGUCACCAAGCUUAGAUACGAUUAAGAGUAAUUUUACGUAAGGCUAACGAAGUACACGACUAGAUAUUAAGCUGAGGAAUUAACUUAAAUGAAAAACGAAACUUCUUUAGGCCGUAAGCGAAAACCGAGGUUAAUUAAUGAUAAUUAAUCGUUUUAACCGUGAAACAAGAGUACGGAACGACUCGCUCGAUUUCUUCAAACCGAAUCAACUGGAUCCUGAACGUUUUUUUUUUCAAUUGUUCAAAGAAUUCGUCGAUCAAUCGAUCGGCAAUGAAAACUUCAAACAAAAAUCUCGAGCGAGGACGAACCGAUCGAACGACGAAAGAACGUUUCUCCCUUUUUUAGUAUUCUUAUUUCUCCCGUUUUUUUUGUAUUGAAUAAUUUUCACGGUUUUACUCGUUUCAUCGUACCUUCAUCAUUAGCUUCCUACUUUGUGACUAACGACGCUUUAGAGAUGAUGUUUUUACGUGUACAAUGACGAUUUCGAUGAUGAUUUCACGUGACGUGUGAUUUGUUUGUUAUUUAAUCGUGAUAAUGGUGAUGACGAUGACGUAUACCAUGAAAAUGAUCACGACGAUAGUACGCUGAUGAUCGCGAAAGUCAGAUGUAAAGGAGAUGAAACAAAAGAAAAUGAAAAAAAAAAACAAAUUGAAAUACAAACGUGUUUGAUUGCUGGACAGUUAAAUGAACAUGUAUUAAUAUCGUGUAACCCUCGUACGAGAUAUAUGUGUAAUAAAACAUAUUUAUUGUCGGAA